GUGGAAACACCGCUGAAUAUUUCAGAAAUAGGAAAGGAUACUUUUCUAUUAACGUUCAAGCAAUUUGCAAUGCAAAUUUAGAGAUAAGCGAUAUUGUGGCUCGUUGGCAAGGCUCAGUACACGACGCUACAAUAUUUAAUAAUUCCAGGAUACGCGCCUUAUUCGAAGCUAAAACAUUCCAAGAUACUUUCCUGUUAGGUGAUGGUGGUUACCCUUUGCGCUCAUAUUUAAUGACUUCUAUACAAAAUCCACGAACUCGGGCAGAGCAACUGUAUAAUGAAUCACAUAUACGUACACGCAAUUGUAUCGAGCGAGUAUUUGGAAUCUGGAAAAGAAGAUUUCCUAUCCUGGCACUUGGGUCUAGAUUUCAAACAGUGGAAAAAGUGUUACCUGUUAUUGUUGCAACUGCUGUGUUGCAUAAUAUUGCUCGACGUAGUGGAGAUCACUGA